AGCGCAUGCGCGGCGCGGGCCGGAGUCGCGCCGGGUGGGCGGCGGGCCGGCAGUGGACCCCGCCGGCAGCUGCUGGGUCCUGAGGCGGCGGGGGUGGCGGUGGCCUGAUCUUCGCCGAGCCUCGGAGAAGCGACCUGCGCGUGGACCCCGCGCUCGGCGGGCUGCUCUCCGGGGACUAGCGCAGCCCGCUCUCGCCGAGGCUUUGUCACUCGCCUCUAGCUUCAUCCGCGGCCGUGGCUGCGCGAGCCUCCGGGCUUGCUCUCCCCGCCCAGCUGUCCUGCCUCCAGCCCUUAGCUGGGGGCGUGGGGUACGCAGCUGGAGCCCGAGCUAACAGCCGCGGAGCAUCCUUCGCCCGUCCCGGCCGCGCCACCGCCCAUGCUGCAGCCAGUCCAGGGCGGCGACCCUGUGGCCGCAGCCCGCCGCUCGGUGACCCUGCGCCCCGCCCGAGCCUUCCCCGCUGAGCCCCGGGCCCGGGAGCGGGACCCGCGCCCCGUGAUGGCUCGGCUGGCGCAGGUUGGCGCCGGGUGCCCGCCAUCCGCCCGCUGAGACGCGCCCGGCUGGGUACCGUCGGGGCCUUGGCCCUACCCGCUUCUCUUCCCCGCCGCGCCCUUCCCCCUUCUGGGGGCUCCGCCGCUCCUUCCCGGGGGCGAGGGCACAGGGGGCCGAGACAAAGCCCACUUUGUGCGGGGAGUUGGCUGCGGGCGUGGAAUGUGCGCGUCGGCGCGCGCCCCCUCCCCGCGCCCCGCCAGCUGCGAAUCUUGGCUCCCAGACUCGUCUCGUCGGAGAAAUCGCGCCCCCUCACCGCCCUCCGGUCCGGGGGUCCCGGCUCGGAGCUGACGCGGCCUGGAGUCGGGUCGGUCCCCCACCCCGGAGCACGCGCAGCUGGUGUGUGGGAGGCCUCCUGUGAGCCACCUUUUCCACCCCUGUCCGCUGAGACAUCCUCCCACCCCUGUCAAGGAUUUGGGGAUGCCAGGGGGGAAGAAGGUGGUCGGGGGCAGCAGCAGCGGUGCUGCCCCCACUGCCGCUGCUGUCCCCUCUGGGGCCAGGCGUUUGGAGACCAGCGAAGGAGCCUCAGCCCAGAGAGAUGAUGAGCCAGAAGAAGAAGGGGAAGAGGACCUGCGAGAUGGAGGCAUCCCCUUCUUUAUCAACCGGGGUGGGCUGCCUGUCGACGAGGCCACCUGGGAGAGGAUGUGGAAGCACGUGGCUAAGAUCCACCCCGAUGGAGAGAAGGUGGCUCAGCGGAUCCGUGGGGCCAUGGACCUGCCCAAGAUUCCCAUACCGAGUGUGCCUACGUUCCAGCCCUCUACUCCCGUCCCUGAGCGCCUGGAAGCCGUGCAGCGCUACAUCAGGGAGCUGCAGUACAAUCACACAGGGACGCAGUUCUUUGAAAUUAAGAAGAGCAGACCUCUGACAGGGCUGAUGGACCUGGCCAAGGAAAUGACCAAAGAGGCUCUGCCAAUCAAAUGCCUGGAAGCCGUGAUCCUGGGAAUUUACCUCACCAACAGCAUGCCUACCCUGGAACGCUUCCCCAUCAGCUUCAAGACCUACUUCUCAGGGAACUACUUCCGCCACAUCGUGCUGGGGGUGAACUUCGGCGGCCGCUACGGGGCGCUGGGCAUGAGCCGGCGCGAGGACCUGAUGUACAAGCCGCCGGCCUUCCGCACCCUCACCGAGCUCGUGCUGGACUACGAGGCCGCCUACAGCCGCUGCUGGCACGUGUUAAAGAAGGUGAAGCUGGGCCAGUGCGUGUCCCACGACCCGCACAGCGUGGAGCAGAUCGAGUGGAAGCACUCGGUCCUGGACGUGGAGAGGCUGGGCCGCGAGGACUUCCGCAAGGAGCUGGAGCGGCACGCCCGCGACAUGCGGCUCAAGAUUGGCAAAGGGACCGGCCCUCCCUCCCCAACCAAGGACCGCAAGAAGGAUGUGUCCUCCCCACAGCGGGGCCAGUCUAGCCCCCACCGCAGGAACAGCCGCAGUGAAAGGCGGCCUUCUGGUGAGAAGAAGCCUUCGGAGCCCAAAGCCAUGCCAGACCUCAAUGGGUACCAGAUCCGGGUGUGAGGCAGGCGGCAGUGCCCCAGCCGCACCCACUUCUGGGGGCCGGCAUCUACCUGCCAGAACCGGCCUCGCUCCUGGGGAAGUUGGGGCUGAUGGUGGGCCAGGGUGAGGGGCAGCGGGAAGAGCGUGUCCCAGCUCAGCCACCCAAGAUGCUGCCCCUCCCGCUGGGCCAAGCCCCCUCACUUUGGACCACGAGGCAGUGAAGAGUUUAAUUUUGAGUUUUUAACUCAACAACUGAAAUUUAAGGUAUUUGGGAAAAAACUUAAAACUAAUGGAUCUGCCAGUGGCUGGAAGGCCAGUGCUUAGAGGAUCUAAGCGCCACAGGGCUGGGUGAGGAGGGGUUGCUGGCUCUGCUGGUACCCCUGCCCCAAGGUCUCUCUGGGAUUUGGGUCCAUUCCAUCUAUGGGAAACCUCCCAGCUCUGCCAGGCCUGUGGCAGGAUGGAGGGAGGGAUGUUUCUCCAGUCCUGUCUGCCCUGGCAGAUCUUCACCCAGGGAAAGGAGAGCAGGGUAGGAACCACCCUGAGAAAGGGCUGUAUGGCCCACAUCAGGAGCUCAGCACAGGCCACAUCUGCCCCGAGAGCCAGAGCCCGUGGCUCAGAGGGUCCUCGGGCCCUUGCAGCCCCAUGGACAGUGUUUUGUGGGCUGACAGUGCCUCGUGGCAGGGCCCGUGCUGGGAUGGGCUGGACGAGAGCCCAGGAGAGAACCACUGGGGGAAGGGUUCCCGGACCCCUACCUGGCCUCCUUGCUCAGCCCAGCUCUGCCUGUUGCUGAAGCCGGGGCCUCCCUGCAGAGGGGCUGGGCUGUGCCAAGGGCCCAGAUAUGCACUGGGCUCAGCAUGACUGUGGGGACUGAAUAGACCUGGUGGGUCCAGGAACCGUGGCUGGGGAUGGGGUGGGCCACUCAGGCCUAGGUCUGUCCCUCUGGUACGUAGUCCCCAGGGACUGCUCCCCCUUCCUGUUACCUUAGCCCUUGCUGGGGAAAUGAAGACCAGAUCAGGCUGCCUGUGUCCCAGCCCUACCUCCCCUCAUUCAGCAGCCUGGGUAGGUGUGGAGGGCCCAGUGAUGAUCAGGCCUGUUGUGUGAGGCAGCUCAUCAGGGAAGAAGCUGAGCUGCUGGCGUCUGCACAGCCUGCCUGGCAGGUGUGAGAUACCUGGCGGGCAGGUGAGAGGUUGUGGAGAGAGGUUGAAGGGCCUGCGGGAAGGUUCUGGAGGCCCAAGUAACAAAGAGGUGUAGGUCAAGGGGGCAGUGCGGCCACUGAGGAGAGGCAGGGCCCGAGAACUGGGGAAUGUAAGUGAGAAAAGAAUGUGGGGGAGAGUUUAGAAUCAGGCGGCUUUGGGGAGUAGUGAGUUCCCUAUUGCUGGAGGUAUUCAAGCAAAGACUAGAUGGCUGCUUGUCAUCUUGAAAGCUAUAGAAAGGAUUUAGGUUACGGAAGGAUAACUGGAUGAGAUGACCAUUAAGGUUUCUUAAUACUGAGAGGCUAGGAUUCAGCCAGGGGCAGCUGGCAGUAAGGCUGCAGCGGGGCUGGGGGCCUGGAAGAGGGAGGACCAGAGCCAGAGUUGUAAACUCAAAUGCCUGCGGGGCCAGGCAGAUGACUAAAAGGAGGGCUGCAGGGCUGGGUGGGGAUUGUGGCCAAUUAAUGAAGACAUACCCCAUUAAAGCAGCCGCUGUUGCUCAGCCAUUCUGAGCGCAGGCCCUGCAGUAUCAGAUUGCCUGAUUUUUUUUGUUGUUGAGAGGCCAGAACUCUGAAUUUUUAUGUGAAAUAUGCUGAUUUUUAAAUGUUGGCAGUCAGUUCAGAAAAUUGUAAAGCCCAACGUGAAAAAGAAUGCUGGUUUGUAAUCUCUGAAGUAGAGAGGGCUUGGGCUGGGGAGAGGUCCACCAAGGUACUUUGAGGUGGAAAGCGUGAAGAGUUGUAGGCCUCUCAGAGCAGGCCGGGCCAGGGCAGCGUCCUCGCUGCUGACGCUGCUCAGAGUGGGCAGCUACCCCACGUUCAUGUUCGCUCUCCCUGAGGACCAGAGACAUACCAGGAACUCCCUGUGGUUGCUGAGACACCAGAGGGGGUGGAGUGGAAUUGAAAUAGUGCAAUUCUCAGCCUGCCAGGGAGAUGGAUUGUGCCUGAGAAGCAAAGAAAGGGAGAGAGGGAGACAGGAUGUGUUUGCUGACGCAAGUGCCCGCCAGGGAAGGCACCAGGCUGGCAGCUCUUAACACCAGCAGCUCUUGGCCCAGAGCCAGGCCCAACAGGGAAGCUGGCUGCUCAGUCCCCUGGGUUUCUCAUGGGUCACUGGGCCCUGGGGAGGUGCCUAACCUGUCCCCCGGACUACACCCCAGCCAGACCAAUCCGAGGGCCACUGUGAGCUCUAACUCACCAUCCCAUCCCAUCCCAGUUUUCAGGGAGAGGGGUGGUGGGUCCCCACGUUCACACAUUUGCCUGAGGCAGAGAUGGAUCCGUUUGGGAGGCGUGAGGCUGAAAGUGAGGACUUUUGUGGGUCUGGAUGUGGGUGCCUCGUGCAGGCUGCUCAUCGGCAGACACCCCAGAUGCCCCUGUGGACCACAGGGCUUGAGGGUGAGAUGUGAGGGAGCCGCUCCUGGUAAGGGAGCCCAGCAGGGUGCUCUGACCCUCUGGCUCCUUCCUGAGCCCUUUGGGGAGAAGGAAGCAGGACGAAGCCCCAACCCCUACUGCUGUCUUCCAGGGAGGGAGCCGACCACCCACAGCUGAUAACCCCCUAGCACUCCCCCUUCCUCGCUCAGACCUCGGGCCUGUGGACACCCACAGGAUACAGCGGUGCUUUUUAAUUUAACUGUUUCACAGAUGUAGCAACCCCUCCUCCCCUCCUGGGCGUGUUUACACAGGCUCUGCUCCCCAGGGCUGGCCUGGCUGCAGAGUUUCUGGGGAGGCAGAGGCAGGGACUUCAGGGCCUUAGUCACCAUCCUCAGUAUCACCUCAUCUCAAUUCCUGUGAGGGACCAGGCCUCGCUCCUCCCGACUCAGGACUGCCUUCCAGCUCUCAGCGUGGGUUCCUCAGGGGUAGGGGCUGCUGGCUGGGGAGGGGUCAAGGGAAGGGCAGAGAAAGCUGCUUGAUGAAGGGGGCUCGGCAAGGGCGGGCAGUGAUUGCUCCCCAAGGCCUGGCUGCUCGUGCUCUGUGCUGGGUGCCGGGUCAGAACACUGGGACACUGGGUUUCAAGCCUUCCCACCCACCUACCUGCCAGUCCUCUCCCUCCCGUGGCCUCAGUACGGUCAUGGUCCCCUCGCCCAUCUCGCCAGCCAACCCAUCCUUCCUGGGCGUGGCCAAGUGGGGAGAGCGGCGCCCCCGGCCCCCAGGUGCCAUGAUGAAGCCUAGGGCCAAGGUUCUGAGCAGCAGAAAGAGCCUGGAGGUUGGCCGUAUCUGGUUUCUGGCCCACUCUGUCAUCUUAUGCCCCCCGCUUAUGCCCCCAUCUUAUGCCAACGCUUCCAGCUCGGACUGGACUUCCCGGCCCAGGGACGGGGUCUAAUUCUGGCUGGUGGCACCCAGAGGCCUGUGUGCCUGUGCGUGCCUCGGUCUCCUGCCUGGGUGGUUUCCAGCUUAGCUACAGUGGCUUCCCCAGGCACCGCCCCCCGGCCUCUGAGUAUAGGGAGGUGUGAGCUGGGCCCAGCAUAUCGACCACGUUCUGUGUGCCAGAAGUGGGCUGUGUUGAAAUCCCCACUUCCCUUGCUCCACUGAGAAACCAGUGGGAAGGGCAGGGAGAUCCUCUGGGGGAGCAUGGGGUGGGAGGUGAGGUCUGCCCCUGGCCAGGCAGGGCUGCUGCGGUGCUAGCUCCAAGUCCAUCAGUAUUGACCCGCUCGCCCCAUCUUGGUGCUCCAGAGUCCCAAGUUCCCCUUUUUCUUCAAGUCUGAUGAGAGAAGAAAUCGGGUGCGCUUGGCCUGGGGCCUAGUGAUGGUGCACGGCCCCUCCCUCGAGCUCUGUGUUGGCUGCCAUGUUGUACUGGACUUUGUUCCCCCUCUUCUCAUAUCAGUGUUGGCCGUCCCCCUUUGACUUUUACACUUCGUCUCAUUCCUGUUCUCACUUUUUCCUUGAAAUGAAUAAAGUCUCCCCAGCUCAGCUCUGUGGGCUGGGAGGAAGCCCCAGUUUGUAAA